CCCGGCUCCGCCCGCGCCCCGCGCCCUUGUGCACGCUCGGCCGUGAUCGCCGGCCGAUCCUGAGCGUGUCGGCGUGUCCGUCUGAGCCGGCCAGUCCAGUGACCGCGCGGGCCCGAGCCGGCCACCGGCGGCCGCCGCCGACCCAGCCAUGGGCAACGUCAUCUCCUGCAGGAGGAAGGCCUCGCUGGUGGCGGCGAACCCCACGGCCGAUAUCGCUCUGAUCGGGCUGGCCGUCAUGGGCCAGAACAUCAUCCUCAACAUGAACGACCACGGCUUCGUCGUGUGCGCCUACAACCGCACCGUCACCAAGGUGGACCAGUUCCUGCAGAACGAGGCCAAGGGCACCAACGUGGUCGGCGCGCACAGCAUGCAGGAGAUGGUCGCGUGCCUGAAGAAGCCCCGCCGCGUCAUGAUGCUGGUCAAAGCUGGCGACGCGGUGGACGCGUUCAUCGACCAGCUGGUGCCGCUGCUGGAGAAGGGCGACAUCAUUAUCGACGGCGGCAACUCGGAGUACCAGGACACGCGGCGGCGCUGCCAGAAGCUGGCCGGCCUGGGCCUCCUGUACGUCGGCUCGGGCGUCUCCGGAGGCGAGGAGGGCGCCCGCUACGGGCCCUCGCUCAUGCCCGGCGGCCACCCGGACGCCUGGCCCCACAUCAAGCCCAUCUUCCAGAGCAUCGCGGCCAAGUCCGGCUCGGAGCCCUGCUGCGACUGGGUGGGCGAGGACGGCGCCGGCCACUUCGUCAAGAUGGUGCACAACGGCAUCGAGUACGGCGACAUGCAGCUCAUCUGCGAGGCCUACCACCUGAUGCGCGACUCGAUCGGCAUGUCGCAUGACGAGAUGAGCCAGGUGUUCACCGACUGGAACAGCGGCGAGCUCGACUCGUUCCUGAUCGAGAUCACUGCCAACAUCCUCAAGUACCGCGACGCCGACGGCGCGCCGCUGCUCGAGAAGAUCCGCGACGCCGCCGGCCAGAAGGGCACCGGCAAGUGGACGGCCAUCUCGGCGCUCGAGUACGGCGUGCCCGUGACGCUGAUCGGCGAGUCGGUGUUCGCGCGCUGCCUCUCCAGCCUGAAGGAGGAGCGCGUGACGGCGUCCAAGCAGCUGCGCGGCCCCGACACGGCCAAGUUCGACGGCGACCGCAAGAAGUUCGUCGAGCAGAUCCGACAGGCGCUGUACGCGUCCAAGAUCGUGUCGUACGCGCAGGGCUUCAUGCUGAUGCGUGACGCGGCCAAGGUGUUCAACUGGAAGCUCAACUACGGCGGCAUCGCCCUGAUGUGGCGAGGCGGCUGCAUUAUCCGGAGCGUGUUCCUGGGCAACAUCAAGGAGGCGUUCGACAAGAACCCGAACCUGACCAACCUGCUGCUGGACGACUUCUUCCGCGAGGCGAUCCACCGUUCGCAGGCGGCCUGGCGCGAGGUGGUGGCCACGGCCGUGCGGCUCGGCGUGCCCACGCCCUGCUUCAGCACGGCGCUCGCCUUCUACGACGGCUUCCGCUGCGAGCGCCUGCCGGCCAACCUGCUGCAGGCGCAGCGGGACUACUUCGGCGCGCACACGUACGAGCUGCUCGCGCAGCCGGGCAAGUUCGUGCACACCAACUGGACCGGCACCGGCGGCAACGUGUCGGCCUCCACCUAUCAGGCCUAGUCGGGCCAGCGUCUCCUCUGCCGCGUGCGGCGCGCUCGCCGCCCCACGGACGCCGGUCCGUGCGCGGCCCGCGGCGGCCGUCAGCCUUCCUCACAUUCCACGUGCACGACUCCGCGCGCUGUCCGACGCGUCCGCGGGCUUUCAGGCGGCGCGCGGCGCUUGUUUCGAUCGGUUUUGGCGACUGUGGCGCCGGUGGCGUGUUUGGGGUUGCGGUCGUAGCUGUGCUGCCGGCGGCGUCAGUGGGCUAACCACGCUGCCAGGCGGACUGCGGCGCGAGAGUGCAUUCAUGACAAUACUCCACUCUGGAGGUGGUCGGCGGCUGGCUGGUGGGCGGCGUAUCUUGUCAGUGAGCUUUGGUUCGUGUCUCGUCCCCUUCUCCCCAACACAGGGUUCUUCCUCCAGGGAGCCCGCGCGUCUGCCGCCGCCGCCAGUGGUGCCUCGAUAGCGGUGCAGUGCUGAGAUGACGGUGCGUCGGUGGCGUGCGCGCGAUGUCCGCAGGUUCAGCUGCCCUCUGGCAGUAUUGUUGCAUGGAGCCGAAGAUUGUUGAAUUUGGAUAUAUUAUAUCAGGCGGCGAACAAAGAAAUGAAGUGGCUAUAAAUGUGAUGGGUCAUCGAAGCAGUGAAUAAACGCAUGCGACAGCACUUA